CCGUACAGUAGCAGUUCUCCGCUUCCAUGGCGACCGACUAAGACUAAAACUCCAUGGCGACGGACUAAGACUAAAAUUCCAUGGCAACCGACUAAAAGAGAAAUCCCAUGGCAACCGGGAUGAUGUAGCAGCAGCAGGGGAACAACAACAACUCUUUUUCUUUUUAAGGGGACAAAACUGCGCAGUACUUUUUUUUAGCAUGCUAAGUGCUAAGUGGACGGCUAGCAUUCACCUGCUAACGAAGAAGCUAACUCGAAGCUAACACGAAGCUAACGUGAAGCUAACAGGAUGGACCAAACACCUCAGGGUGAGUCUAAUGGUGACAGUAUAUCGGCGGUGAAGCAGCAGCUCGGCGGGUUAACUACCACCGCCGGGAAGAGACCUUCAAUCGGUGAGGAUGAGGCUAAGUUAUUCGGGGGGAAAGCACUGGCGGCCACCUCCCUUCUCCAGAUUGCGAUAAGAAACGGGAUCUAUCAAAACCAAGCUGCCAACAUUUACACUCUAACAUCAGCCAAUAGUAACACCACCACUCCUCCUGUUGUUGUCAACUCUUUGCUGUGUAAGAAGAGGAGACACAGGCACAAGAGGAAUCUAUCUUUAGGAGCUCCACCGACUAGCAGCUCCUCCUCUGCUGCAGAAGCUGCCACCCUUGCUCCUGCAGCCUCUCCUCUGAGCACCCUCAGCUUAGAUAGGAAGACUUUUCUCAGGCAAAAGCAAUCCAAGCAGCUCCAGGCCUCCGAUAAGACAUGGGUGAGAUCGGACCUGCGGCGUGGAUGCAUUCACGUCCACGACUGGCUCACGCCCAGCUACCCGCGGCCGGUGCUGUGCACGGUGGACACUGCAGCUGGAGAGGUCGCCUGCAAGCUGGAAGGGAGUAAAGCUGGGGCUGUGUUGAGAGUUAACUGUAAAACUACUGCUGUGCAUGACUCAAAUGAGCAAGGGAAGGAUAGUAAAGCACAGACUGAUGAUAGUAGAAGUGUCAAAAGCCUCAAAGGAGAAGAAAAUGAGGCUCUGCAGUACAGCAGCAACACAAAACAGUGUUAUCCUGACACUAAACUGUCUGCCUCUAGCUUGUUUUUGGAUGAUAAAACAGCAAGUAACUCUUCAUCAGAGGUGUACCUGAAUGAUAUUGGUGUGGAUUUGAGUCUCAGUGUGGCAGAUUGUUAUGGUGUCUACUCGGGCUCGGAUAUGGAGAGCAGCACCUGUGAGGACUUCAGUGGUGGACACAGAAGCACAGAGCACCGGGACUCCCUCAGCGAUGGGUUGGGUGUCGGCACAGACUCCUCAGUGUUGAGCCCGAAUUGUGACAGCGCCACAGAGGGACCUGACCCAUUUGAGAGCUCGUCAGACGAAGUAGAUCUCACUUCAUCUCCCACACACUCAACCAGCAUCUCUACUGCAGAUCUCCCCACCUCCACCACCACUUCCACAGACCCCUGCACCACCUCUAACCAUGUUACAACCACACUAGACAAUGAAUCUGGAUCUAUCGAUAACACAGACCCCCCCAAACUCAUCAAUCAUCCUUCUAAAUGCUCCAGCAGCUCUCAAACUCGUCCCCUGACCAGCCAAGCAGCUGUCCAGCCCGACCCGGACCUCCCCCCCGAGGGGCCCAGAGCAUGGCCGGAGCCUGUAAACACAACCCCGACCCCGGCCCUCUUCCUCCAGCUGCACGGCGGAGCUGUGAGGCGGCUGGCGGAUGAUGAACGACCCCUGCAGAUACUGAAAGAGUACCUCACUAAUCUGGGGUUUGAAGAUGAGUGGAGGGUGCAGGAGGAGGCGAUGAAUCCAGAAAUUGGCUGCCUGAUCCGCUUUUACUUUGGAAAGCCUCGGAGUGUGGGAGGCUCGGAGCGCGUGCAGCUUUCUGGAGUGUUCAACGUGCGGAAAGGGAAGCUGGCGCUGCCGGUGAACCGCUGGUCGAAGCGUCAGGUCACGCUGAGCGGGACUUGCCUCAUUGUCUCGUCUGUGAAACACGCUCACACGGGCAAGAUGCACAUCCUCCCUCUCAUCGGAGGAAAGGUGGAAGAGGUGAAGAGACACAGCCACUGUCUGGCUCUGAGCUCAGCCGGUCCCCAAAGCCAGACGUAUUACAUCAGCUACGACUCCUACACAGAGCACCUCCGCUGGCACCGCACCGCCUCCAAGAUCGCGUCCCAGAGAGUGAACUCAGUCGACCUGUCCUGCUGCAGCCUAGAGGAACUGCCCGCUCAGCUGUUUUACAGCCAGGACCUCACCCACCUCAAUCUCAAAAGCAACUUCAUGUCACCGCACAAAGGUGUUCCAGCACUCACCAGGUUCUGUAAACUGAGAAGCCUCAGUCUGUCAAAUAACGCUCUGUCCGAGUUUCCUCUGGCUUUGUGUGACAUCACCUCACUCACCGAGCUCAACCUGUCUGGAAACCGUCUCUCGUCUCUUCCCGCUGAAGUUGGAACGAUGCAUAACCUGCAGACUCUUCUUCUGGACGGUAACCUCCUGAGCUCUCUGCCCGUGGAUCUGGGCUCUCUGGAGGGCCUGACCUACCUCGGCUUGUCCUUCAACUGUUUUAGCUGCGUCCCCUCGAUCCUGGAGAAGCUGAGAGGUUUGGAGAGACUCUGCCUGGCAGGGAACCAGCUCUCCGUCCUGAACAUGGCCGGACUGCAGUGGCUGCCCGCUCGCCACAUAGAUCUCAGGCUGAACCGGCUUCAGACGGUGACAGUGGGAGACACGGAGCAGCUGGUCCACAUCGUCCAGCUGGACCUGAGGGACACUGGUCUACAGGAGCUGGACGUGACUCCUCUCUGCAGGCUGGAGCUGCUCCGCUGUGACAGAAACACUCUGUCCCUCCUCAGAGUCAGCGGUCACGCCCUCAAGAGCCUGCACGCAGCACACAACGAGCUAAAACAGCUGGAGGUGCAGCCGACGCCAGAGAAUCUGACCGUUCUCGAUUUGUCCUGGAACAAGCUGGCCUGUGUUCCUGACUGGGUGUGUGAGAGCAGCAAACUGGAGGUUUUGGACAUCAACCACAAUUCUGUUACUGAGCUGCCUUCACAGCUGCUGUCCAGUGGGAGCCUGAGAAAGCUGCUGGCAGGCUGGAACGAUGUGUGUCAGCUGGCUGAGAGGCUGGAGGGAUCGCAGCUCGAGGUCCUGGAUCUCCAACACAACCAUCUGACCGAGCUCCCACACAACCUGUUCAUCAAAGCACAGAGUUUGCGAUUCCUAAACGUGUCGGCCAAUAAGCUGGAGAACCUCCCCGCGGCCAGCCUAUCGGAGGACAGUUUCAGCAGCCUGGAGGAGCUCUACGUGACCAAUAACAGCCUGACAGACAAGUGUGUCCCUCUUCUGACGGGUCACGGCCACCUCAGGGUGCUUCACCUCGCCUACAACCAGCUGCAGACCUUCACCGCCAGUAAACUGGCACAACUGGAGCAGCUAGAGGAGCUGGACCUGAGCGGCAACAGACUGAGAGCCGUGCCCACCACCAUCCUGAACUGUCAGCGCAUGCACACGCUCUCUGCCCACUCCAACUGCAUCAACGCCUUCCCCGAGGUCCUGCAGCUGCCCGAAAUCAAGUGUGUCGACCUGAGCUGCAACGAGCUGACCGACAUCAAUCUGCCGGAGUCGCUCCCUCAGAAGCUUCAGGAGCUGGACCUGACAGGAAAUCCCCGUCUCAACCUCGACCACAAGAGCCUGGAGCUUCUCAAUAAUAUCCGAUGUUUCAGGGUAGAUCCAUCGCCGUCUGCUCCGUGUGUGAGCGAGAGUCACGGGGCCCCCGCAGUCUGGAGUCACGGCUACACCGAGGCCUCCGGAGUCAAAAACAAGCUGUGUGUGGCGGCUCUGGCUCUGGACAGCUUCUGUGGAAUUCGGGAGGCGCUGUACGGCGUGUUCGACGGAGACAGGAACGUAGAGGUGCCUUACCUGCUGCAGUGCACCAUGGGAGACGUGCUAGCGGAGGAGCUGCACAGGGGCCAAAGGGAGGAAGACUACAUGACCAACACCUUCCUCACUAUGCAGAGGAAGUUGGGUACAGCAGGUCAGAGGAUGGGCGGCUCGGCGGCGUUGUGUCACAUCAGACACGACCCAGUGGCUCCCGGCGAGCACGGCGGCUGUUUCACCCUGAAGGCGGCCAACGUGGGCCGCUGCCAGGCCGUGCUGUGCCGAGACGGGAAAGCUAUGCAACUCUCCACCGUCCACACCGUCAAAGAGGAGCCGGAGUACCAGAGGGUCCGACAGCACAACGCCAUCAUCACCGAGGAUAACAAAGUCAGCGGUGUAACUGACUCCACCAGAAUUAUGGGAUACUCCUUCCUGUGCCCCUCGGUGACCCCGCGACCCCACGUCUCCACGGUGACGCUCACCCCGCAGGACGAGUUCUUCCUCCUGGGCAGCCGGGGCUUGUGGGACAUGUUGUCUCCCAGCGAGGCGGUGGAGGCGGUCAGGAACGUCCCGGACGCUCUCGCCGCCGCCAAGAAGCUGGUGACUCUGGCUCAGAGCUACGGCUGCUCCGACAGCCUCAGCGCCGUCGUCGUGCAGCUCAGCAUCACCGAGGACUGCUGCUGUUUCUGCGAGCCGCCGCCCCCCCCUCCGAGCCCCGGCCCGGGCGUGCACACCGGCACCCACCCUUACUCGGGGAGCGGCGACGGCAUCCCGCUGCCGCCCGCCUCCUCGGGAACCGUGAGCGAGCUGAGCAGUGAGUUCAGCACGUCAGAGAUGAGUAGUGAGGUCGGCUCCACGGCGUCCUCGGAGGAGCCGCCGCCCCAAACCGAGCCGAUGACAUCACACCUGAACCUGCCGGGGCGGGUCGGUGUGCGGAGGGCCGCCUGUGCCGGGGGCAGCUUCCAGAGGCAGUUCUCCGGAGCACUGUCUGACAACGGGCUGGACAGCGAGGACGAGGAGCCCAUCGCCGGCGUCUUCUCUAACGGCAGCCGCGUGGAGGUGGAGGCUGACGUCCACUGUCUGCACGGCCGGGACUGCACCGCACCUCAAACACACACCCACACCCCCACACACUCAAACGCAAGCAUUCCUCCACCCGUCGCCUCCAAUCACGAGCCUCCGCCGCCUCCUCCUCCCGUCUCCUCCCUGUCUCCCGCCGCCCCUCCGUCCUCCCCCUGCCUCGGCGGGGAGUCUCGGUCGGGGACUCUGGGUCGCAGGGCUCGAGCUAACGGCUCCGUAGCCUGCCAAGGACGGAGCCAGGACCUCAUAGAGGAGGCGGGCGACGUUCCCGUGAGGAAGCAGGGCGGUUACUUCAACGCUCCCGCUCAGCCGGACCCCGACGAUCAGCUCAUCAUCCCCCCGGAGCUGGAGGAGGAGGUGCGGCAGAUCAUCCAGCAGCAGCAGCAGCAGCAGGAGCAGCAGAUGCAAACACACAACCAGCAAACACACACCUACCAGAAACCUGCAGACUAUUUUGUCACACCUCUUUAACUCCUGCCCCCCCCCCUCCUCCUCCCCCUCCUCCUCCUCCUCUUCCUUCAUCACAUCAGCUGGUGUCAGUUUCUCCUCCUGUGUUUCAGAGUUCGUAGAGCUUCAGGAACGGAGAUCUGUGGAAUCAGGACCGUCAGUCUCUGCUUUCAUUCGUACUGCUUCCUCCAAAACCGAAGAAGAGUGUUGUGAACAUGGACCAGAGAGACUGUGUUUUGUUAUUCACUUUAUUUUGUACUGUUCACUCUAUGCGCCCCAAGAAACGCAAUGCAAUUUUUAUAACACUUUAUGUUGAUUAAAUCAUCAAUUGUUUAAUGUAAUUGAUUUGAAAUGAUAUCAUAUCUUUAAUUUGAAAACAAAAAAAGCAUUUUGAAUGCUUUUUAUUAGACUUUGAGUUAAUUCUGUUAAGUGGUACUUUGAGAUCUUCUGUUCUUCUUCUGUCGUAGCAGCAUUUCCCCCCGUCUGUCAUGGUUGUCGGCCUUCGGAGUUAGUGAGCUGUUAAACUAACUCCCAGGAGUUUAAUACUUUAAAAGUGACCUAGUCACUGAAGCGUACUAAUAUUCUCUGAGAGAAAAGAUGAUUAUUCCAGGUUUGUGUUCUUGGGGGGAGGGGGGGGGGGUGCAGAGUUCAGAGUGGUGCUGCAGUGGUGAGUAAAAGCUGAACAGGAGGGAUCCUCACAGUUACUACCAGCUCGACCGACGUUCUCAGAACAGUGUUACACUUCUUGACGAUGGCAAACCGCACAACAGAGCUACUUUUGCUAUAUAAUAAAUUAAAGUUUUCAGA